AUGUACUCUUCCUCAGCCGGUUUUCAUGUGAAGGAGGGCGACAGCUUAGAUUUCUGCUCAGAGUACUACACCUUCACAUUGAGAUGGCACAUAAAUGGCAAAGUUGCUGACUUGAAAGAUGUAAGUCAUGAACGAGAACCGUACGUGCACUUAACGUAUGACAGAAUGAGGAAAUUUUAAUUAAUAUUGACCUCCUUUCAACAGGUCAGUUGUUACAGAAAUGGCGUUCAAUUUUGCAGUGGAUUGAGUUCUGCUGAUACUAGAGACAAGAAUAAUUGUGGUAAGUACCCCACGGUUAUUUUCUUCUGGUAAAAAAGUAUUUGGCCCUCAUUAGUCCAUUUUCAUAAAACAUUUAGUUUUCUAUUAUUUUAGGCGGUUACGCGCAUCAAAAUAACAUUGCAUUUUCGAAAAUAUUUUAGGUUUUUCUAAAACAAACGGCGGACUAUGCAUAGGAUACAGCUUUUUCAAACCAUCAACACGUUUCGGAUACUACUAUUGUUACCUGGACAAAGGAAUGACCAAAGCCCUGACUUAUAUCGUUGACUGGAAAAGUUCGUUUAUAAGUGUUUUCCUAAACUACUGAUCAGUGAAACUUAUUGUUAUUUCACAGUAAUUUGGUAAGCAGUACAUGUAUGACGACCUCAGUUAAUACAAGUCCUUCUGCGAUUACUGAUGAAGUCUAAAGACUUACCAAUUUUAGCCUGAAUUUAGCCUGAAAAUUUUGUUAAAUAUAUUGAACACAAUUCCCAUUAUAGAUGCUACAAAAACGAGGGAUACAUCAGUUAUCGUGACGGAGUCGGGCAUGCAUCGGGACAUUCCAAUGCCUUCGACCUCCAGCGCACCAAUAAUACUAGGCAAGUCAGUGAUAGUGCCUACUUAAUCAUCGCACUUAUCCAUGGGCUUAAAUGUAUGCUGAAUAUGUAGAAAAGAUAUAUCAAGACACAUUUAUUAAUGAUUUCUAUGCAGGCGAUUUAAAUUUACGUGACCAUACCUGCAACAGUGCAAGAAUGUGAAAGGAGAAAGCACUGUUAUGAAUGCAAUAUAUAAUUUAUAAUAGAAAUUGUAGAAACAACUGUGGGUUUGGAUAUUGGUUUGUGUGCAAUAAAUUUAUCCAUUUUUAUUGAUGCUGUUGUCUUUAGUUGAGAUCACAAUGGUGUGGCUGUGGCCGUUUCUUGCAAGUCAUCUAUAA